AAAUUAAAGAGCAAAAAGUUGCCAAGAACUUCGUACCACUGUGUGGGGCCCGGAACAUGGGCGGAAAGCAGAGCCAGAUCUCCAAGGAGGAUCUUUCCGAAUAUCAGGAACUGACAUUUUUAACAAAGCAAGAGAUUCUGCAUGCCCAUCGCAAGUUCACGGAGUUGCUCCCAAAGGAUCACACAGUUGACUUCUCAAGUACACGGGUUGGGAUGGACAGGAUCUUUGACUUGCCAGAGUUGAAGGCUAAUCCGUUCAGAGAUCGCAUCUGCCUGGUGUUUUCAACGUCCAACAACCAUGAUGGCAGUAUGUCUUUUGAGGAUUUCUUGGACAUGCUCAGUGCUUUUAGCGAAUCAGCAACUCUUGAGGUUAAAUCUCACUAUGCAUUUCGCAUAUUCGAUUUUGAUGAUGAUGGAACUUUGGAUAGAAGAGAUUUGGAGACGUUGGUGAACUGCUUGACAGGAGACACCCCUGAUACCAGACUUGAGGAGAGUGAAAUGAGCCAGCUGAUCCAAAAUAUUUUGGAAGAAUCUGAUAUUGACAAGGAUGGGACAGUGAAUCUCUCGGAGUUUCAGCACGUCAUUUCCAGAUCCCCGGACUUUGUGAGUUCCUUUAAGCUUGUGUUGUAACCUUGAGCUGGAAUCCAGUAGAUCCAACAUCUGAUCACUGAGCUGCUGUGGCUGCAGAGAAUAGUUUCUUUCUGUUUCUAACAUUUCGUACUGUCUGUCUAAAAACUUUGAAUUGAUGUCUAAUGUACAGAGAUACUGUGAAUUUCUAGAGUUAUAAUUAUGGUAUUGCAAACUGUUUUCUGAGUUAACAAAAUGCUUUAAUAUACAUUGUGUCUAAAAUCUGUUUCAAAUGUUGAUGAUCCUUUUUAUUAUGCAUUAAAGUGCCUUUUGCCCCG